CGGUGAUGUCUUGGGUUCAAGCGGCUACCUUGAUCCAGCGCCCUGGAGACGAGAGAGAUGUGUUUGAUGAGGAGGCGGACGAGUCGCUCCUGGUGCAGCGGGAGUGGCGAAACCACAUGCACAGACGAGUCAAAGAAGGUUAUAGAGACGGAGUCGAUGCUGGCAAAGCAGUUACUCUUCAACAAGGCUUCAAUCAAGGUUAUAAGGAAGGUGCAGAAGUCAUUAUAAACUAUGGACAACUUAGAGGAACAUUAAGCGCUUUGCUCUCCUGGUGCCACCUUCAUGAUAAUAGUUCAGCUUUGAUCAGUAAAAUAAAUAACCUUCUGGAUGCAGUUGGCCAAUGUGAAGAGUAUGUGCUCCAACAUCUGAAAUCAGUCACUCCACAGCCCCAUGUUGUAGAUUUAUUGGACUCCAUUCAAGAUACGGACCUUUGUCAUGGAGUUCCAGCUGAGAAAACGAUUGAUGAAGCUACAGAUGAAAGACUCAGUGAAAAUAAUGCUGAGUUUAACAAAAACUGUAGCACAAGUCCUAGUGGGACAGAUUAUUCCUAUUUAGAAUGUUAUAGAACACAACAGCAUACACAUUCUGAAAACCCAAGCCUCACUUGGAUUUUAGAACAGACAGCCACUUUAGUGAAACAACUGGGAAUACCAGUAGACAUAUUACAGCACCUCAAGCAAUUGUAA